AUGGCCAAAAUCUCGAGCAAGGUGGCCGAACGCCUUGCGGGUGUCGACGACGCCAAAGACGCUGGCACCGCCCUCCUCGACAUCCUCCGUGAUUUUUCGACGAUUUCCGGUCCGGCCACCAUCCAGGACGACCUGGUCGCUAUCGGCGACGCCGUUUUUGAGCGGUCAUUGGGCAUUGUGGCAGCACGGCAGGUGCUAGAUCGCCUGAUCAGCACACUGCGCAGCUUCGACAAAGACUCGUCCGACACGGUGUGGAUUAGUGUGGGCGACCACCUGCUGCAGAAGCUCGAGGCUGCCGCACAGCACACAAGCUUCCUGGAACAAACAGCGGAACUCUAUGAUCUUGUGGCCACGGCACACGAAAACGACGAAGACUACGCGGCGGCGGCCAAGCGCCUGGCCUGCAUCCCACUUGACAGCAGCCAGCGCCGGGUCAGCCAAGAGGACAAGGUACGCGUGUGGGUGCGCAUUGUGCGCGACUACCUGGAGGUGGACGACAGCGCGGCGGCCGAGUCGUACCUCAACAAGCUCAAGAGCGUCAUAUUCGACGUGCACGACCAAGAGCUCAACCUGCACUUCAAGCUGUCGCAGGCACGCAUCAACGACGCCAAGCGUGAGUUUCUGGCGGCCAGCACGGCGUAUCACGACAUCAGCUACAGUCCCGCCAUUGCCGAGGAGGAGCGCAUGCACACACUGAGCAUGGCCAUCAAGUGCGCCAUUCUGGCCCCUGCCGGACCGACGCGCAGCCGUGUGCUGGGUCGCCUCUACAAGGACGACCGCGCGACACACCUCGUGGACGAGUACUCGAUUCUUGAGAAGAUGUUUCUGAACCGUCUUCUGACGCCGGCCGAGGUCGACAAGUUCGCCAAGAGCCUGCAGCCGCACCAGCUGGCGACGACGGCCGACGGAUCGACGGUGCUGGCCAAGGCUGUCGUCGAGCACAAUCUGCUGGGCGUUUCGCUGUUGUACCGCAAUAUCCCGAUUUCCAACCUGGCGCGGCUGCUGGGCCUGGACGCGGCCAAGGCCGAGGAGACGACAGCACACAUGGUCGAGCAAGGCCGACUGGUGGGCCGCAUCGACCAGAUUGACGGCUAUGUGUGGUUUGAGGGCGGCGAGGCGUCGGGCGAAGCGGGCAGCGGGCGUACUGAGGGUGCCGUGGACAAGGAGCUGCGCCAGUGGGACACCAACGUGCAGAGCUUGGCCGAGGAGGUCGAGAGCAUUUCUAACGCGCUUCAGCAGGUUUACCCGGGAUUUGUCGCGCAGAAUCUUGCAGCUUGA